CCCACUCCGCUUCCGCAGUUAAGCUUUCUUUGAGCCUGGCAUUAUCAAUAAAGUUUACUCCAAGGAGCUAGUCAAGUGAAUCUAUAUGUGAGCUGCACUGAGAAGAGUUGGAUUUGAUGUUCUUAUCAUGUAAGGGAAGGAAGAGUUAUCCAUGUUACAGUUUCCAAACAUAAUCCAUGUUGAUCAAACAGUCCAUGUUGAUGCAAGGCCUUACAUCAGAAUGAAUGAUUCCAACCAUGUUGUUGGGUACACUAUAGGCAAUCUGACCAAUUUUUCUUCGGUAAAUAUCACCCCCUCCAGCGGACCAGAACCGUUACCUCCAAAGUGGGGGGUUUUGGCCAUAGUGCUGAUAGUGUUCUGUACUGCCAUUGGAAACCUCCUCGUCUGCAUUGCUGUAAUAUGGGACAGGCGUCUACAGAACAUGACCAAUUACUUUUUGAUGUCACUCGCCAUUGCAGAUUUCUUGGUCUCUAUUUUAGUGAUGCCAUUUGGAAUGUUAGUGGAACUCUUUGGAAACUUUCCUCUGCGACCAGAAUUCUGCAUUUUCUGGGUCACUACUGACGUUCUGAUGUGUACAGCCUCUAUUUGGCACAUGUGUACAAUGUCCAUGGAUCGCUACUUCACCCUCAAGUACCCAAUGAAAUAUGGAAGAAACAAAACCAAAAUGACUGUCGCUCUGAAAAUUCUGUUUGCCUGGCUGGUAUCAAUAACAAUUAGUAGUCCUAUUUGUUUUUAUGGAAUUAGUGACACCAACUCAGUGUUUAACGAAGGGCAGUGUGUUCCAGCCAUCCAAGACUUCGUCAUCUAUGGUUCAAUCUUUGCUUUCUACAUUCCUUUGACCAUCAUGUUGGUUACCUAUAUUUUGACCAUAAGGAUACUUUGGAGAAACCAGAAGCUCAUGAAAAUUGACAGGUCUGAUACAUUUAUAAAAUCUAGGCUGAAACAUGGAGAAAUAUGUGAGAUGAAGUCACUCUUACAUCCACAGCCGGAAGACGGAGAUAGAAGUAACGAUACUGAUGCAACAGUUCUGGGGACACAACUGAACACCCCACGCCAUGAUGACAAAAGUCCACAAAAUCAAUUAUCUCUCCUUAAUGAAGAUCCAGCUGUCAGCUCUAAUCAAGAAAACUCUCUCAUUCAAACAUUUCAUUCUAAAUAUAGCAUCAAGUGUGCAAAUGAUCCAAAACAAGAUAAAGAAACUGAAAUGGUUCAAAUCAAAAUAUCCAAGUCUAUUUCUAGAUCUGGUAAUGUGCAAAAGGCUGGAGAAAUGAAGUUGGAGCAAAAAGCUUCCUCCCUUUCCUGCUUAAAAGCAACCCAUUAUGACUACCCUUCCUACAGCUCAAUGUGUACAAAAUCUCCCAAGUCACAUUUACUGUUGCCAUCCAGGGGAGAUAACUUUCUACGCCUCAGCUCCCAUGAUUCCUUGGUCAAAAGAUCGACAGAAAAAUCUUGCUUGCAUCAGGCCGUGUCAUGCUCAACAGUGAACACCACUAGUUCUAUCUUAUCAAACUUGAUCCCAUGUUCAGGAAACAGUCACUUUCACAGUUGCAGUGACAUUGGGAAAAAAGACCUUAAACUUGUGGAAUGGAAGGAAAAUUAUUCCAAAAUACAAAAAGAAAUGGACCAAAUUUUGAAAGGGGAUUUUGACAAAGAAGACCUUAAAUCCAGUAGACAAUCAAUUCUUGCUCAAGCUAAAAGUUCAAGCUCAGAUGAUUCUAUUUGGAAUAAAGAAAUUUCUGAUGAUGAAACAUAUUAUGACUCACAUGAAAAUUCUUCUAACAAGAAGGAUUGUACAGAAACAGAUGUAAAGCAUUUGCGACAAAUUAUUGACAACAGGGACAAAAAUGCUUGGGACGAAACUGACUCAACUUCUGAUGCUUUAUACUGGAGCACAAGCCAAUUACUUCCAAGGACAGAAGCAUCACAACAAUUUUCCACAACAAUCAACAACACAUUUUUUCCAAAAUGUGAUACAGAAACAAGUUUACUGAACUCAAAACACACUAGUGGAAAUGAGAAUCCCUCACAAUGCCUUUGUGCAAGUCGUCAGCAGUCACACUCCAGUAUAAACAUCAGCAUAUCAAGCCAGCAGUCUAUGCCUCUCUCUGAUUCGGGUGACUCAAUUAUUGAUCCCUCAGAUGUCUCGGACAAUUCCGAGAGUUUGACAAUCAAGUUGCGUCCAACAACCCUUCAAAUGUACAAGUUCACAACAAAAUCUCCAAGCCCCUCUAGUCCACUGAUAGGAUCUGGCAGCAAAAUCUAUGGUGGUUCUGGACACCAGCUUUGUAAUGGAACAGGAAAGCAUAAUGGCCAAGCUGGUCACAAAAUGAUCAAUAGAAGUUUGACCAUAAACAAACUCCUCUCCAAAUUCAACAAAAAUCAGGGUGCUAGUCCUGUGAUGUCCAAACGGGCUACCACCAAUGAACGAAAAGCCUCAAAGGUGCUAGGAAUUAUUUUUGCCGUUUUUGUGAUUCUGUGGACUCCAUUUUUCAUUGUGAAUAUUUUGUCUGUGACAUGUCAGCACUGCAUGCAGAAUGUAACUCCAGAACUAAUGUCUUUGUUCCAGUGGAUGGGUUAUAUGGCCUCCUUGGCUAACCCCAUUAUUUAUACCAUGUUCAACACUUCAUUCCGCAGGGCAUUUAUUCGGAUCUUAAAAUGUCACAUUUGCAUAAACGGUUCUCUGCGAGCUGCUGAUCGCAGCACAAUGAGUUAUCCUAUGUCUUUUACUGAAAGAAGGAAACAUGGUGGACAGAUUUCAGUGAAUUAUCAUCAUCACCACCCUUUGUGAAAAAUCGUCAAAAGUAUUGCUGUAAUAUGGAUGUUUUAUCUAUACAUCUGUAUAAUAUGUACAAUGUCAGUAUUUCCUCUCAAUUUUUUUAUCUAUACUGUCAAAAUUUAAGGAAAAUUUGGCAAUAAGAAAAUCAAUCAAAAUGCCUUCUAUCAAACAAAAUUUCAUCCAUGCAUGCAUUUUGCUGGACAAUCAAAAUACCUGAUGGCAGGAUGAUUCAAAGUGAUUUAAUUCAUUGUAAAAAUGGUAAAGGUUCUCUUUGAAGACUUAAACUGAAGUCUAAUUCAAGUCUAAUUUUGAUGCAAUCAAAUAUUGUUCCUCACUGACCCAUCUUCUUGUUGUGUUUAGCUUUUUAAAUUUUAACACCA